UCCCCUUAGCUUAAACCGGAGAGCGAGUACAAACCCGGGACGCGAAGACAGUGACACGCCGCCAACUGUAGCCCUGUAACGAGGGGUAACUUCUUUAGAGACACGAGUGGCACUUGAUUUAGACAAGUUUAGCUGUAAGUGGGCAUCAUGGUGAAGGAGGGUGCUACAACACUGCCCUCACCAGGCACUCCUGCAGCCUUGCCCAUCCUGAAGGAUUUUCUCAGACACAGAGAUGAGAAUCCUGUUGAUUAUAGCCAUGCGGAUGAUGAUCUCCACAUGCCUGAGUACUUAACUGGCUACCACAGUUUAAGAGAAAAGAUCCAUAGUCGGAUUGAAUCUAAAGACAAAUUCUUCUCCCUUGAAUUUUUCCCACCCAGGACGAAAGGUGGUGCGGUGAACCUCUUAGCCAGGUUUGAUCGCAUGCGUGAAGGAGACCCCCUUUUCUGUGAUAUUACAUGGCAUCCUGCUGGCAACCCAGGGGGAGACACAGAGACCUCAUCUAUGACUAUUGCUGGUGCUGCUUUGAACUACAGUGGCCUAGAGACAAUGCUGCACAUGACAUGUUGCUCUAUGACCAAAGCAGAAAUUAGCAGGCACCUACAGCGUGCCAAGGAUAUAGGCCUUAAAAAUAUUCUAGCAUUGAGAGGAGAUCUUCCAAGUGGCAAGGACACCUGGGAACUCUCUGAGGAUGGGUUCAACUAUGCUACAGAUCUUGUCAAACAUAUCAAAAAGGAAUUUGGAGAUUACUUUGUUACCUGUGUAGCUGGUUAUCCCACAGGCCACCCUGAGGCCACAUCUUAUGAGGAUGACUUGAAGCACCUCAAAGAAAAGGUUGAUGCUGGAGCAGACUUCAUCAUAACGCAGCUAUUCUUCAAGGCAGAGACAUUCAUCAAGUUUGUGAAUGACUGCCGGGCCAUUGGGAUCAAAUGCCCAAUCAUCCCUGGGCUCAUGCCUAUCCAGAGUUAUGAUUCCCUGAGGCACAUUGUCAAGCUCUCAAAGUUAGAUGUCCCUGAGGACAUCAUGAAUGUUGUUGCACCAUUGAAGGACAAUGAUGAAGCGAUCAGGAACUAUGGGAUUCAUCAGAUGUGCACACUUAUCAAGGAGUUGUUUGCAGCUGACAUGGCUCCUGGAAUACACUUUUAUACACUAAACAGAGAAGUAGCAACUACAGCCAUUCUGAAGCAACUUGGCUUGUGGGCAGCUUCUCCGAGGAGACCCCUACCUUGGAAAAUGGCUGCUAAUCAUAAACGGAGUGGAGAAGAUGUCCGUCCUAUUUUCUGGGCUACACGACCAAAAGCUUACGUAUACAGAACACAGCAUUGGGAUGAAUUUCCAAAUGGAAGAUGGGGAGCUUCAGAAUCACCUGCUUUUGGUGAAUUGAAAGAUUACUACCUUUUCUACCUCAAGAGUAAGAGUUCUAAAGAGGAGCUGUUGUCCAUGUGGGGAGAAACACUGGAAAGUGAGCAAGAUGUUUGGGAUGUGUUCCAUGCAUACUUGACCGGUGGACUGAAUAAGGCAGGCCAGAAAGUAACCAAAGUUCCUUGGAAUGACGACGAGCUAAGUUCGGAGACUUCCUUGUUGACGGACAAGUUGGCUGACUUUAAUAAGCGUGGUAUUCUUACCAUCAACUCCCAGCCCAGAGUGGAUGGCGCAAGUAGUGAGGACCCGGUUGUGGGUUGGGGAAUGCCUGGUGGCUAUGUAUACCAGAAAGCCUACUUAGAAUUUUUCACUUCAAAGGAGAAUGUUGAUGCUCUUCUGAAUGUAUUGCCACUCUUCCCCAGGAUUAAUUAUCAUAUUUUGAAUAAAGAUGUAAGUGUGUUUUUAUGGUUUGGUGCUAUUGGCACAUCAGAUUUUUAAAGUAUUGUUAGUGUGUGUAUUA